GCUGCCGAGGUUUGUGUUUGGGAGAUGUUGCUGCUCUCCGGUUUCUACCAGAUGAACAGCAGGGAACUAUACUGUGUUCCAUGGUUACUAACCAGAUAAGGGGCAUGGCCUAAUAUUAUUAUUUGUUGUUUGUAUUGCAGUUUUACAUUUUAAUGCAACUGUGGUGACCAUCUUCAUUCAUAGCAUUUUACUUGGGAUAUACUUUUUGAUGCUGGUAGAGUAGCAAAGUCUGUGACUGACUUUCAGAACCAGGGAGGAAAACACCUGUAAGAUUAAUCAAUAAGGAUUCUGUGUCCAGAUUUACAGUGAAGAAUCAUUUGCUGAGCUUCAGUUAACUUGACAGUGAAUGUCAGAAUUUAUUUAAAAAACACUAACAUUCAACUAAGGUACUGGAGAUGGACCAUCCAGGGUUUCUGAUUUCUUUUUUUUUUACCUGAACAAUUAAUGUGUUAGAGAAACCAUGUCUGGAUUAAAACCUACAGCAUACCUCUUGAAAGGUGGGAGCAAUGAGCCAAUGAUUUCUCCAGCUCUGAAGAGUACUGCAACUGUGAACCCCAUGACCCCUUCUCCACCAAGCCUAUCCUCAGUAUCCAAAAGAAGCCUAUCUGUCCACGGGACACCAACUGCAGCCACAGGAACCCAUUCAGCCAGCUUCGCAGCGGCCUUGAGGAAGCUGGCCAAACAAGCUGAAGAACCACGAGUGAAUCCCAGAACUCCAAGCUGCAGUCCCAGGAGGGCCUCAACUGGAAGCCAAAGAUCUGUAAAGCUGACCCCUGUGGUAACCAUAGCACCCACUGAGGCUGGAGGUGACCUAUGGUGGAAUGAAGGCAGUCAGCAAUUUGCAAUUAAGCCCAGUAGCCAUGACCCUCACUCAGCAACCCUUUUGCUAAAACAAGAAAAGACUGCUAUGUCUCCAGUCCCUACUCAUUAUUUACCAAGGAACACUGCACAGGAGUUAUCAUACUCUUCAGCUGGUUUGCAGAGACCAGUUCAACAGAUAAUACCCUCAGGAAAGAGAUCUGAUGGUUAUCAAACAGGAUUUCAUUCAUACCUCAGCAGAGAUGCAAUUCGACCUUUGCCAACUUACCCUGGCCUUGAUACCACCUCCUGCUUCUAUCCUGCUUUCUUACGUCACCUUCCACCUCAGCCCUCUGUGUUCAGGUAUGAUGACCCAUAUUUUCUAUCCAUUCGGACACCUUUUCUACACCUCCUUGAAACAACUACCUUCUCCCCACUUCACACCUCCACACUUCCCUUGUCCAGGGACCUCUUUGAGUCAGCAAGCAUCAAGCCCACAGGUUUGCAUCAAGGACAUCAGCCAGGCCAUUCUGAUAGCAGGAGGAACAAAGAAGAUGUUCCAAGCAGUAGAGUCAGGUACUGUAAACAAGAAAGAGUUGCUCAUCGUGUUUCCCCAGGCAGUGUCAGGGACCAGGAGCCACCAACAGAGGAGAGUAGGAGACUCCGAGAGGCAGCUCAGGAGAGUGACUGCAGCAGAAGGACUGAAUUAAAGCAGGAUGUAUACAGUCCUCCACUACAUCCAAAGCACUAUUUUAACAGACAAGGUGGAAGUCGGCUUGAAAGUCAUCCUUAUAUUCCCUCAUUCGGACACAGCAUUCAGCCUCUUCACAAAACAAUGGGACAUGAAACAGGAUCAUGGAAAGGCAUUUCAUCUUCUCUUACAGAGAUUCCAAAUGAUAUUUCAUUUGGGAGAAUACAAAGAACCUCAAAAACUGAGAAUACCACUGGACCUGUUUUAUCCUCAUCAAACAGACUUCGGUGUUUAAGUCCCUCAUCUUCCUCUCUACACAUUGAUAAAGCAAACAGGCCGUCACUGUUAGAAAGAGUGGCAGAUGUCGUCACCAUGAGAGAGACUCAAAAUCACCUUCAAAAGAACUUAAACAAAAAGGCUAACAACUCCACUGGCAAAGAAACUGAUGGCACAAGACCUAAAGACAGAGAAGACAGAGCACAUCUAUGCAACACAGAACCAUUAAAUAAUUUUUCACCUGCCACAUGUUCAAGAGAAUUCUUCAGAGAUAUGUCAACAGAGCCACAGGAUUCCUCAGGGGCACUGGACUUCAGUCAACAAAGCAAAUAUGAAAACAACAGGGCCUGGGACAAACAUGGCAGAAAUUAUUGCAAGGCCACCGACAAAACAAAACACUCACUGAAGAUAUGCACGUCAGAACAACAAAGACCUUGUCGGGACAAAAGUAUAUCACUAGAACAUAAUGUUUCAGGGAUGGGUUCCAUGCUAGAUUUAUUAACUCAGGUCCCUUAUUAUCUUAGAGUGGCUUAUAACAACUGUAAGCAGGAAAGUACUGGGAGAGGUAGCACCCUCCAAGACUCCCAGGAACAAUGUUUGGAUUUAUCCAUCACUUCACCUGCAGGAAAUACAAAUCGCAGAAAAAUUACAAGUUCUCAGGUACAAAACACAGCUAUGCCACACAGUAUGGACCCAGACAGUCACAGAACUAACACUGAGGCUCUGCUGAUACAGAGGCCUGUUGUUAGCAACCUAGAUAUCUUAGAAAGGAAAUUAAAACAGACCAAGAAAAGAGGUUUGCCCUUUAACUGUGACUUUCCUGCUUAUGGAACCUGUAAGAGAAGGAUGAGUACAUUGGUGAGCAGACUUACAGCAGAGCCACCUAUCAAACUGGACAACUCACCUGGGGUAAGAGGACAUUUUAUGUGCAAUAUCUCUGGAAGGAAAGCAGCAACAUUCAGUUAUUUUGUUACUUUUCACACUUCCCGAAGAAAAAAAACGUUUGACGCAUAUAAGAAACAACUGCCAAAUUAUAAGAUUCAACUGUCUAAUCUAUUGUUACAGUGUUUAACCAAAAGACCUAAUUUCACAAAGAAAGAUGAGAAUCAUAUACAGUGA